CGGGACAACGCUGGAGGCUGCAGGCGGGCGAGUGCACCCACACAUACACGCAAGUCGCGGACGUCCACGUUGCUCUCCCUCCGCUCACGGCUAGGCUGCUGCACGCAGUGUUGUUUGUUGACAGGCGCCACUAGCGAACGCGACUUCCCCGACCGAGCCCGCCCUGGUCCACCACCGGUCCACCAGCUCCCUGCACCGUCCGCACAGUCGCUGCUUCCUCUCCCUCCCAUGACGCAGAGCAGCUCCCGCGGCCCAGCAGCAGCAGAGAAUGACCCCAUGAACAACCUGCGUGCGCUGCAACCGGCCGACAGCCCCCCGAAGCGUGAGGUGGCAGCGACACCGCCUAAUCCCGCGCCAGCGAACAGCACCGCCAGCAGCGCCAGCACCGCCAGCACCGCAUCGUCGCCCCCGCGCACCCAACUCCGGCGCACUGCCUCGAACAGCAGCAGCAUCCUGGAGAGCACCACCAAGCUCGCCCGCAACGUCUCCCCUGCCCUACUGGCGCGCAUGAAAUUCCUCAACCACGCCAGCGACACCGCCAGCGCCAGCAAGUUUGCGCCAGCCCCGACGUCGAUUGGCCGCAUUGCCGAGGAGAAGAUCAAGCAGCUCGACGACUUCCACUCGACCAAGCGCACCUUCAGCAUCGAGCGCCGCGGCACCACCUGGAGCAGCGGCACCGGCAGCCAGCUGGGCACGCCGCUGAUCCCGCAGCUGACGGGCGAGAGCGUCCCUCCGCUGGUCAUGGAGCGCGACCUGGAGAGCGACAUCAGCAGCGUCGUCAGCACCAGCGACCGCGUGCUGCCCUCCGAGUCCGACGUCGAGAACGACCAUGUGCUCGACAUGCAGAAGUACCGCCUGCCCGACAUCACCAAGACCAAGACCCUGAGCCAGACCAUUGCCGAGCCCGACGCCGCCCCUGUCGCCCAUGUCGACCGCCCACCCACCCCGCCGCCCAAGGACACCCCGUCCCCGCACUUCGAGGACGAGGUGUCGGUGCUCGACUCCAACAACACCGUCGACGUCGCCUCCUACUUUUCCCACCGCCACCUCCACCGCACCAACUCCAUCUACACCCUGUCCAAGGCGAGCUUCACCAACCAGAUCCAGCAGCUGACGUCGAUGAAGCUCCCGCCCACCACCAUUGCCUCCGAGAUCACCGCGCUCCCCUCGUCCACGCUCGCCGGCCGCGCGCUGCACAGCUCCGCGAACGAUAUCCGCCGGUGGAUGGCCAAGGCCACAGAGGUGCUCAACGGGCUCGAUGCCGACGACGACGUCGAGUGGGCUGCGGCUGCAGGGAGAGAGGGUCUCGCUGAUGUCGAUGCUGCUAUUGGCAAAUUCGAGGGCCUGGUCACCGUCUACAUCACCGCCAUCGAAGACCUGCAGUCGCGACCAGACAUUUCAGCGCUGCCGCUGAAGGACCAGACUACUCUCGUCACCCAGAUGGAAGAGAUCGUUGGCAACUGGAGCGAAAUCAAGCGCACACUCAAGGGCAUCAAGAACCAGGUCGAGAUUGCCAUGGAAUGGGAAGAGCUCUGGAACUCUGUACUAGGCGAGAUUGGUGCUGAGGUCGAGACACUGAGCCGUCUGGUGUUCGAGAUGGAAGAGCGCCGACAUCGUGUCAUAUCUGACUCGGUCGCCGAGUCUGCAGAGAAGUUUGACAUUGCUGAUCUCGAAACCAUUGUAGAGGAGACACCGCGCCAGAACCGGACGCAGAACAACCGGCUUAGUAUGCCGCCUACACUCACCGUCAUGUCGCCAACCUCUCCCAUCCCUCAGAUUGAGCAGGAGAGCUCGCGCCUCCUUGAGAUCUUUGCCAAGCUACAGCCACUGCGUGCCUCGCUGGACUUCCUUCCCAUGCGACUAGCUUCGUUUGAGAUGAGAGCGAGCAACAUGUUCCCAUCUGCGUGUGAUGAACUGAUGCGUAGGAAAGACCACCUAGAGAAGCAGGAGAAGAACCUGGAAGCCGAAGCAGAUGCCCUGAGAGAGGAACUUGGCGAAGACAAGUGGGUGCACAGCUUCAGACAGGCUGGCAGCAAAGCUGUAGCCAUGUAUGACUCGUGCAUGAAGAGUAUCGAGAGGCUGCAGCAAGCUAUCAACGACGCUGACGAGGAGAAGCUUGGAUCACGCAUCUCCACAUAUCAAGAUAAGAGAGACCACUACCCACCUUCCAUGAAGAGAGUGCUCGAGUUGAUCGAUAUCGAGAUGAAGCACAGGUCCACUGUCAACGGCGAGAUCCUGCGCAUUCAACAAGAUGUUCGGCAGAAGAUGUCAGACUUGGAGGCGGGGAUUGAGCGAAUGGACGCCAUUCUUGACGAGGUGCCUGCAUCACGCAAGCUGCGCGACUCUGUUUCCACUGUCCUCUCUAUGCGUACCGAAGCUUCCUCCACCGCCGAAACUCCUAGUAGUUCUCCGGCAUCGAGCGUCGUAAUGAGCCGCAAGGGUAGCGACUAUGGAAUUGUGACGCCCGCAGGCCGGAAAUCACGUCAGUCCAGUACCUCCACAACGAAGUCGUCUGCUCCUCCGAACCGCCGAUAUUCGAGCUUGCCCGUCAUCCCAGGAAGCGUACCUCGCAAGUCACUGCCUUCUACGUACUUGGAGCCGACAAUUGCUCGAACAAUGGCAAGCACACCAACACGCAUGUCCCGCUCAUCGACCCCUGCGACAGAGCGCCCUGCGCACAAGCCGCGGUGGAACACAAGUACCAAAGUGAACGACACGGCUGUCAGUCAUUAUUACAAGGCACUACCUGCGACGCCACUAAGAAGUGCUUCGGGACAAUCGUCGAUACCCGUUCGAAGUGCGCUGGGCCGAACCUCAAUGCUUUCGCCUUCUCCAUCCGCUCAGUCCACUGCCGCAACGCCCAUGAAAUCGUCAAUGAGACGUCCUCUGGCGAGCACGCUGCAAGCACCCGCUACGCCACUCAAAAGCCCGACCUUUGCGCAUGGCACGCCUUCUACUGGAACCCCCAGUUCUAUUCGUCGUGUGACAAUCGCGGAUGAUGACAAUAGCCCUCCUACCGAGGAGAGCCCCGUUUCUCGGCGCACCACUCGCCCGCCAAGCGCAAUGAAAAGUCGCCGCACCAGUCUUUUGCCUACCCCUGCGUCACGAACUCUCUCAACCACGCUGUCCACCCCGGCUUCGACACCUGCUCGAACGACCAGCAGACUGGGCAACACUGAGGAGGGCAGGAGGAGCAGGGCCGGUGAUGGCCGAUCCAGCCGCGUCAGUGGUCGACAGUCGAGCGCAGGGGAUAGGCCGGGCUGGAGAUAGGCUCUUACAAGGCGACCAUAUCUUCUCGACGUCUGAGGAGCGCAACCUUCUCGUACUUCGUUCUUACGGACCCUGGCUGGUCCACUCCCUUCUACACGCCCCUGCAAAGGCUAUGGUCACGUCACCUAGCAUUACAUCACGCGGGGCAGUUUGUUACAUGGCACAUGGAUUGCAUGUGCCGGCGUUUAUGGUGGAUGGGAAAGCGUAUCCUAUACCCUGGUGUUUGAUUCUUGAUUUAUCGCUUUUGUUUUCGGAGACAGCACGCAUUGCACAACCAUGGACAACGUUGAGCAUUGCACAACAGACACGCGACUGUACACCAAACUGUAGAUUUCCCGCUGACAGAGUAUUUGAGUAGAGAAGAGAACUAAUCGCGUCACGAGCGCCUGCGCACAUGGUCGUAGAGAUAGAGAUAUUAAGCAAUCAACAUGUCAGUUGGCGUCCAUCUUUACAGCCGAUGUGCCGGUUUCCUCAUAGGCCCCCUUGUGGCUUGUCCA